AUGGGAAGGCAUCCUUCCAGAAGGUCAACUCUUCUUCUAUUCUCUACCGACACGGCUCCAGAUGCAGAGUACACAGGACAUGAAGAAGUCAAGCGACGCUGUGUGAAAUCAACACGAAAAGAUUAUAACGAUCUACAAGCUGCCCUGAGCUCGAGAGCGCAGGAAGCCGAGCAGACUUGCUUUUUCGCUGUGGCUUGUCUCCGUUCCCAACUCCUGCUUGCCAUGAUUCGCCAAAUAUCUUGUGAAUUUGAGACCCCACAAGGCGCUGUCGAUCAGCUUACUUCUGAAGACAAGCCAUGCGCUCGUUGCUGGGCUCUGGAGGGUUCGCGAUGGAACGUUGCGCCUUGGCCGGAUCAAGGCAAAAACCGAACUCGUUCUGAAGCUUGUUCCAACAUAUGCUGGGCGAGAGCGGCUUUCGUGCACCCAAGAGUUGCUCAUACCCUAUGGCGCGCACACCGGGAUUUUGUAGACUUGCUUCAGUCAUUGCUUCUUGUGCCGCAGACUCGUACUGAUUCUGAAGUUGCUAUUUGGGCCGCUGGAUGUCGGACCAGCUUGACAUCAUUAGCGUAG